UGCCUCCAGUUGCGAUGUCUGCAGACUGGUUAGAACGCUGCCUGGGCGGAUACUUUCAAUUACUUGGCCUGCGAUGCAGCUACUCCAACCGCCGUGUGGGUCGCCUGUUAAGCAGCCUCUACCUGGUGCUAGUGAUCAUUGAUUUGCUGGUACAGAUGAGGAACUAUGGCAGGGGGGAAGAGCUGAUGAUCGAUAGAAGGCUUUUCUUUCCCAAGGCCAUUCAGGCUGUGAAUGUGUUCUACAAGCUGGUCCAUGCACUGAUCGCCCUCUUUGCGCUAAUCGGAUGCCGGCGGGAGCGUCAUCUGCUGCAACAGCUGCCACCCACGCAUGCCACCGCAGCCGUCAAUCGUCUGGUGGCCCUGGAACUGCUCUUGGUUGUGUACGCCCUGACGAUUGCCAUUACCGAUGCCAUGAGGUUCGGGCAGUUCGUUGAGAACUUACGCUAUAUCUUCAGCUCUCAGGCGGUGCGCGCACGCUAUCUGCAGAUGCUCCUUCUGGUCCGACGCCUGCAGGCGCAGUUGGAGCAGCUACAGCGCCAGCUGAUCAAUUGCUCUCUGGAAGACUACCCGCAGCUGCGCUCCGCGUAUGCCCACUUGGCGAGGUUGUGCCGAUCUCUGUCGCAGCUCUAUGGUCCGUCGCUGCUGCUGCUGAAUGUGCUCGUUCUGGGCGACUUUCUCAUCGUUUGCAAUGUGUACUUCAUGGUGGGGCAUUUGGAAUCGGUGCAUGCCACGUGGCUGGUCUUCUGGCAGGCCGUCUACGUAGUGGUGCCCACACUCGUGAAGAUCUGGACAGUGUGCGCCGCCUGUGAUCGUUUUGUGGCAGGGUCAAAAAUUCUGCAACGGCAACUAAGCGAAAAGCGUGGCGGGACGUCCCAGGAGCGCAGCCAAAUUGAGGAAUUUUCCCUGCAAAUCAUGCAAGAUGCCUUGCAGUUCAAUGUCUGUGGCAUCUACCAUCUGAAUCUGCAAACUCUGGCAGCGAUGUUCUUCUUCAUAUUGGAAGUACUGGUCAUAUUUCUGCAAUUUGUGACCCUCAUUCAUUGA